UUCGUAUGUUUUAAAAUAUUACAGGCAGCGACGCUUGGACGGGUUGUUCAUGUUGAUGAGGUCUUUACACAGACUCAUAUUCGCAAGGGGACUGGUGAAUAUGUUGAUGAGAGGUCUCGCAAGACCAUUGAAGAUUUUUCUGCGAGAUUGACACAGGCAAGACCAGAGGGGGGAUCUGGUGCUAAUGAAGAAAUGAUCAGGACCCAAUGCUGGGUUGAUACCGUCGGGGGAAAAAAGAAAGGACGACUGUAUGGGGUAGGGCAACUUGCCUCUCAUUAUAGUGCUGGAAGAGGAGGCAUAUUCAGACAUCAAUCAUCUACCUCUACCUCAUUUUACCCCAACAAUGUCGUCAGUAAAGAUGCUUAUGAUUCACUUCUAGCCAAAUUUGAAAAUCUGGAAAAUCUGGUUAGGACAUUGGUUCCUCAGCAAGGACAUACCGCCCCAUCAUCAUCCCAACAGCCAUGUCCACCUCAGCAGCCUCCUUUCCAGAUCACGGUUGUGCAAGACGAAGAUAGUGAUGAUUCUGAUGAUCGUGAUGAUCCUAAUCCUGAUGGUUAUCAUAGGUUUUGAUAUUUAGGAACUUUAGAAAAAAAAAUUAGUUAGGUUUUCUUUUUUAAGAACUUUGACACUUAUGAAACUUUGAAGUUAGUAUUUUAGUAUCAAACUUUGUUUUGCAUUUUAAACUUAGAAGUUUGGGAUUGCAUUUUNAACUUUGUUUUGACACUUAUCAUCUUUGGAAACUUAGAAUGAUUGAAGUUUUCUUGAUGAAUGUUGAAUGAUUACAUUUGAAUUGAUGUUUGGAA